AUGGGAAGUUACUGUAUCUAUAAAACAAACUUUUCACGAUGUUGGAUUUGUUAUGAUGAGUUUGAUGGAUCGAACAGUGCUAAAAAUCCCUGGAGACGACCCUGCAAAUGUUCUUUAUUAGCCCAUGAAAACUGUUUAAUUGCAUAUGUUACAAGCUCAUCAAACAAUAGAUGUCCUCAAUGCCUAAAUGAAUAUAAAAUUUCUCGAUUUAUGAAAAGCGAAAGUCGGUUCUUACGUGCUAUCGGUCUUUGUCAAAGCAUCGAGUCCGGACUAGCACAAGUCGCGCUUGGGACAGGUCUUUGUUUUGGUUUAGCAAAGUUUGUAUACUCAAUUUUAAGAAAAACUGGGUUUUGGGCAUGUCGCCAAGUGGUCGAUGAAAAUUCGUUGCUAUUGAUGAUGCAAAAGCCGCUAUUUUCGUCGGCUAUUCUUCCGAUGCUUCCAUAUAUGCUUCUCCGAUUUUAUGAAGCACCCUCUUAUGACAUUGGCAUCAGUCUAUAUAUUCAUUGUUCUGUUUAUUACUGCGUAGAUCAUUUUUCAACGACACAAAUGUUGUUUUUUGCAUUGCCAGGGAUACGCUCUAUUCACCAAGAGCUAAGGAGCUAUCUUAAAAAAAAAUUUUUGCCAUCUCAACAGGAAGAUGAUGAACAGUCAAAGAGAGACUGGCUUCGAAAAAUAGAUGACCAAAUUGAGAACCAGAACUUGGUGACUAAUGAGGACGCAAAAGUCAACGACUCUGAAUUAUGGACUAUUUUUUCUGUUGCUCACAUGUUUUUAGAUGUUGUUGCUAAUGAAUUACUUCGGGCUCUACGGCCUAUUAUCCUUAUUCCUUUAGCAGGAAGAUAUUUGGGGCACUUUUUUCCGAAAACAUUAUCCAAGGUACAGAAAAGUAUCCUAAGUGGUGUCUUUGCCCUGCUUAUGAAAGAUAUGUGUAAAUUUACAUAUUUGAGUUGGCGAGCCAGAAAAUUCCGAGAAAUCCGGAUUCUGGAUAACCAAACAGAGGACAAGCAUGAAAAAUGA